AUGGCUCCCGCUGCAGACUCCCCCACAGAGACUUCGUCUUCGGUCUUUACCACCAUCGCCAGCCUGCGCGAGAGCCUGUGCUCUGAGGAGGCGGCGCUGUCGCUCCGAUUCCGGGCCCUCUUCUCGCUCAAGCAUGUUGGGCAGACGUCAGAGGACCCCGCGGUAGUCACCGCCGUCAUCGAUGCCAUCGCGGCGGCGCUGUCGUCCCCGUCCGCGCUCCUCAAGCACGAGCUCGCCUACUGCCUGGGCCAGACCAACAGCGACGCGGCCAUCAAGCCUCUGAGCGACGCGCUCUCCGACCUGGACGAGGACGUCAUGUGCCGCCAUGAGGCCGCCGAGGCCCUGGGCGCCCUGGGCUUCACCGAGAGCCUCAACCUGCUCAGGAAGUUCCGCGACCGCGAGGGCGAGUCCGUCGUCAUCACAGAGACGUGCGAGAUUGCCAUCGACAGGAUCGAGUGGGCCAACUCCAAGGAGAGGCAGGCCGAGAAGCUGCGCCAGAGCGACUUUGCUUCCAUCGACCCCGCUCCCCCGAUGCCCGAGACAAACACCACAAAGUCGGUCGAGGAUCUCGGCGCCGCCCUCAUGGACACGUCCAAGCCCCUAUUCAAGCGCUACCGCGCCAUGUUCGCCCUGCGUGACCUGGCCUCCCCUCCCGACCUGCCCACGGCCGUCCCGGCCGUUCAGGCCCUGGCCAAGGGCUUCUCCGAUGAGUCCGCCCUCUUCCGUCACGAGAUCGCCUUCGUCUUCGGCCAGCUGUGCCACCCCGCCUCAGUAGACGCCCUCACCAAGGCCCUCAGUGACGUCAACGAGGCCAGCAUGGUCAGGCAUGAGGCUGCCGAGGCUCUCGGCAGUCUAGGUGACGAGGAGGGUGUCGAGGACACUCUCAGGAAAUUCCUCAACGACGCCGACAGUGUCGUCCGUGAUAGCAUCAUCGUUGCCCUCGACAUGGCUGAGCACGAGAAGAGCGCCGAGGCCGAGUAUGCUCUGAUUCCCGACGCUCUGACUGCUACGGCGUAG